AUGAGUGACCCAAUUUCUCCCGCUGCUGCGUCUGCAACAAACCCCGAUGCCGCACCAUCUGCUGCCACUCGAGCCGGAGCAGAUGCCAAUGCUGAAGCUCCAAGACCUAAAACUGCCAAAGAAUUGGAAAAAGAACGUAAAAAGGCCGAAAAGUUAGCCAAAUUCGAAGCAAAGAAGGCUAAGCAAGAAGCUGCCAAAGCAGACGCAGCUAAGAAGUCUCAAGAUAAGCCAAAGAAGGUUAAGAAGGUUGUUGAACCAAUUCCAGAGUUCGUUGACAAAACUAAAGCAGGUGACAAGAAGAUUUUGAUCUCCUUAGAUGACCCAUCAUUAAAGGCAUACAACCCAAGCAAUGUUGAAAGUUCAUGGUAUUCCUGGUGGGAAAAACAAGGAUUCUUUGAACCUGAAUUAACUGAAGAUGGUAAGGCUAAGAAGGAAGGUGUAUUCACCAUUCCAUGUCCUCCACCAAAUGUCACCGGUGCUUUGCAUAUUGGACAUGCUUUGACUGUGUCUAUUCAAGAUACUUUAAUUAGAUGGAAUAGAAUGCAAGGUAAGACCACCUUAUUUAUUCCGGGUUUUGAUCAUGCUGGUAUUGCAACUCAAUCCGUUGUUGAAAAACAAGUCUGGAACAAGGAAAAGAAGACUAGACAUGAUUAUGGACGUGAAAAAUUCGUUGAAAAGGUUUGGGAAUGGAAAGAAGAAUAUCACCAUAGAAUUAAGAAUCAAUUUAAGAAAUUAGGUGCAUCUUAUGAUUGGAGUAGAGAAAAGUUCACUUUAAACCCAGAUUUGUCCGAAGCCGUCACUGAAGCUUUUGUUAGAUUACAUGAAGAUGGUACUAUUUACAGAGCCAAUAGAUUAGUCAAUUGGUCCGUGAAAUUAAAUACUGCCAUUUCUAACUUGGAAGUUGAUAAUAAACUUAUUGCUCCAAGAAGUUUACUUAGUAUUCCAGGGUAUGACAACAAGAUUGAAUUUGGUGUUUUGACUUCUUUCUCAUAUCCUGUUGAAGGUUCUGAUGAAAAGAUUACUGUUGCCACUACUAGACCUGAAACUAUUUUUGGUGAUACUGGUGUUGCUGUCCAUCCUGAUGAUGAAAGAUAUAAACAUUUACACGGUAAAUUUGUUCAACAUCCAUUCUUAGAUCGUAAAUUACCAAUUAUUUGCGAUUCCGAAGCUGUUGAUAUGGAAUUCGGUACUGGUGCAGUUAAAAUUACUCCAGCCCAUGAUCAAAACGAUUACAACACCGGUAAGAGAAACAAUCUAGAAUUCAUUAACAUUUAUACUGAUGAUGGUUUCUUAAAUGAAAACUGUGGUCCCGAAUGGAAGGGUAUGAAGAGAUUUGAUGCCAGAUCUAAGGUUAUUGAAGCAUUGAAAGAAAAAGGGUUAUACGUUGGACAAGAAGCUAAUGAAAUGAACCUUCCAAUCUGUUCUAGAUCUGGUGAUGUCAUUGAACCAUUGUUGAAACCACAAUGGUAUGUCAACCAACAAGAAAUGGCCAAGGACGCUAUUGCUGCUGUUGAACGUGGAGAAAUCAAUAUUGCUCCACAAGCAUCCAGAGCUGAAUAUUUCAGAUGGUUAGAAAAUAUUCAAGAUUGGUGUAUUUCUCGUCAAUUAUGGUGGGGUCAUAGAUGUCCAGUUUAUUUUGUUGUGAUUGAAGGUGAAGAGCAUGAUAGAAUUGAUAAUGAAUAUUGGAUUUCUGGUAGAACUAAAGAAGAAGCUUUAGAAAAGGCUACUGCUAAAUUCCCAAAUAAGAAAUUCACCUUGGAACAAGAUGAAGAUGUUUUGGAUACCUGGUUCUCAUCUGGUUUAUGGGCUAUUUCCACUUUAGGUUGGCCAAACAACACUAAAGACUUGGAAUUAUUUGCUCCUCAAUCCUUAUUGGAAACUGGUUGGGAUAUUUUAUUCUUCUGGGUCGCAAGAAUGAUCUUGAUGACUUUGAAAUUAACUGGUAAGGUUCCAUUCAAUGAAGUCUUCUGUCAUGCGUUAGUCAGAGAUGCUCAAGGUCGUAAGAUGUCUAAAUCUCUUGGUAAUGUUAUUGAUCCAAUUGAUGUUAUGACUGGUAUUUCAUUAGAUGGAUUACGUGAUAAGUUAUUAACUGGUAAUUUAGCUCCAGCUGAAGUUGAAAGAGCUACUCAAAUCCAAAAACAAAGUUUCCCCAAGGGUAUUCCAGAAUGUGGUACUGAUGCUCUUAGAUUCGCUCUUUGUGCUUAUAGUACUGGUGGUAGAGAUAUUAAUUUGGAUAUUUUAAGAGUUGAAGGUUAUCGUAAGUUCUGUAACAAGAUUUAUCAAGCUACUAAAUUCGUUUUAGGUAGAUUAGGUGAAGAUUACGUUCCACCAAAAUCAAGUGCCAAAACUGGUCAAGAAUCUUUACCUGAAAGAUGGAUUUUGAAUAAAUUGACUAUUGCUUCCGGUGAUGUUAACAAAUAUUUAGAAGCCCGUGACUUUUCUGAUGCUGCUAAUACAGUUUAUACUUUCUGGUAUGAUUUAUGUGAUGUUUAUAUUGAAAACUCCAAAUACUUGAUGCAAGAUGGUACCCCAGAACAAAAGCUUUCCGCUCAAAAUACUUUAUACACUUGUAUUGAAACCUUAUUGAGAUUGACACAUCCGUUCAUGCCAUUUAUUACUGAAGAAAUGUGGCAAAGAUUACCAAAACGUGAAGGUGAAACUGCUAUUACCGUCAUGAAAGCCAAAUAUCCAGAAUAUGAAGAAGGUUUCGCCGAUGAAGAAGGUAGUAAUCAAUACAACUUGGUUUUGGACAUUGUUAAGACUGCAAGAUCAGAAUUGGCCAACUUUAAUAUUUUGAAGGGUGCUGAAAUUUAUCUUGAAUGUAAGGAUGAAGCAUCAUACAAGACUACUUUAGAACAACAAGAUUCUAUUGUGUCUAUGGUUAAACCGCUUGAUUCGCUUAAACUUUUCAAACAAGGUGAAAAUGGUGAAAACUGGCAUCCAGCCGGUUCUGUUGUCACUGCUGUCGGACUUAAUGUUAAUCUUUAUGUCAUCAUUAAGGGACAUGCGGAUAUCCCAGCGGAAAUUUCCAAGUAUAGUAAGAAACUUCAUGAAGCUACUGUUGCUGAAAAGAAACUUCAAAAGGUUAAAGCUAGUUUCAAUGAUAGUACUGAUGAAGCUGUUAUAACUUCAACUAAUGAGAAAUAUGAAAGAACCAUGACUGAAAUUGAAACCUUCACUAGAAGACUUCAACAAUUAGAAUUAAAUGCUGAACCAGAAUCUAAAUAG